GGGUCCCGUCCCCGUGCCCUCGGACUGCAAUCGCUGUCACGGGGGUCCCGACAUGGUGUCAACCUGGCACCGAACUGUGCACGGGAAAAGCGGACGAAGCGUUUCAGCUUCUCACCGCCUGGCAGCAAGGGAGGAAACGUGGCUGCCCCGUCCCCCCCCCGCCGUACCCAGCAGCGCCAGGAGGAGGCUUUGCCAGGCGUACCGGCCACGGCGGGGAGGAAAGCAAGCCGUCAGGGCGGCCGUCCCUCGGCCUACGGCGGAGGAGGGGACGGCGGCAGAGCCGCCACCCCCGCGGCGGCGGCCGGUUGCCCGGGCGAAGGAGACGCCAGGCAGCAGCCUCCGCGCGAACAAAAUGGCGGCGGGCGGCGGCAGCGGGGUCCGGCGUGGCGGGGGCCUGCCCGGGGUGCGGAGACCGCCCGGCGGGCCCCUGCCGCCCGCCGCCGCGGCGACCGGCGUGCUGAGCGGCGACUUGCUGGCCAAGGAGGAGGAGUACAAGCGACUGAAUGCAGAAUUAGAAGCAAAAACAGAAAAACUGGUGCGUCAGGCUGAAGAAGUAAUUGCAGGCCAACAGGAGAUACUAUCUAGACCAGUUUCAGUACAGACUAAGUCACGUGAAGACAACAGACAUAGAGAUCCACUGUGUCCUGAAGUUUCAUCUCUUAUACACUCACAUGCCGAGCUAGCAAACAAGAAGAAACAUGCUUCCAUGCCCACGGCUCAGAGCAGACCAUACUCUGGAAGUAAGGGAAAAAGAACAACUUCAAGUUCAAAAAUAAGAAAUGUGGAAGUACAAAGUGCUGAUGAUGUUGCAGUACUGGAGGAUUGCAUGGAUUUUUCUUUAGCAAAAACAAUAAGCAAGAUUGAAGAAAAACUAGAGAAAAGAGGCUUACCAGAUUGCCUGGAUGAUGAUAUUAUUCCAAGCGUUGGAAAUGAAAUUGGAGCAGAAGCUCAAAUCAGAUUUCUUAAGGCAAAGUUACGUGUUAUGCAGGAAGAGCUGAAUAGUGUAGUGUGUGAAUGCAGGAAAAAGGAUGAUGAAAAUCAGAAUUUAAAAACUCGGCUUAAAAGUACUGAAGAAGAAAACACCAGACUGCAACGAACAAUCAAUAUGCAACAUUCUCAGACUGAAAAGUACAAAAUGUUGUCGCAAGAAGCAAACAAAAAAAGUGAAGGCCUACAACAAGAGGUCAUUGCGCUAGAAAAGGAAUUGGAGAAUCUAAAGCGUGUACAAAAGCAGGCUGCAAUCGGUCAGAGUGCAACAGAGGUUCGCUUAAACAGGGCCCUGGAAGAAGCAGAAAGGUAUAAAGUGGAGCUGAAUAAACUGAAGCAAAGUAACAAGGAUGUAGCUAACCAAGAACUCAAAACAAUUGAAGAAUUAAAAACAGAAAACAAGAAGCUGCAGAAACAAAAAGGAGAGCUAAUGACAGGUUUUAAAAAGCAGUUAAAGUUAAUUGAUAUUUUAAAGAGACAGAAGAUGCACAUUGAAGCUGCUAAGAUGCUUUCUUUUACUGAAGAGGAAUUUAUGAAAGCUCUUGAGUGGGGAAAUUAUUGACUCCAUAAAAAAACAACUUCUGUUUGAAGUACUAGUCAGACAGUACCUUAUUUUGGCUCUGUAUAUGAAUGCUUGUUAAUAGUAACUGUACAUCCCAGUGAAUUGAUUUUGUUGAUUUUGCUUAUGUUUAAAUUGUUUAACUUCUGUAAGCCUGAUCACUUGUGUUGUAAUAUCAUAUGAAAUACAAAUUUCUGCUGAA